CAGGAACAGGAGCAGGUUGAGGAGUCUCACAGCGAUGCGCCACUUUAACGCAGCACUUGCACUCCGCUAAACACCGGGCUGGGACACCGGGGGGGUAGAGGGAGCUGGUGAGGGAGCUGGUGGUGAGGAACCUGUGUGUGUGAUGGAGCUGUGUGGAGCUGCAGCUGUGCUGCUCUUCAUGAUGAGGGUGUGUUGGGGCUCGGAGCUGCAUGUGGAGGUGAGAGCUGAUACACCUGUCAGAAAACUCACACACUUCUGGAGGAGCACCGGCUUCUGCCCUCCACAGCCACACACCAGUGCUCACCUGUAUGACCUGAGUAAAGACCAGCAGCUGAACCUGGCGCUGAUCGGCUCUGUGCCACACGCAGGCCUGCAGCAGGUGAGGAUCCACUGGCUGCUGGAGCUGCUUUCUGCACGGAUUAUAAAUGGUGAAUAUCACUACAACUUCACGUACCUGGAUGAGCUGAUGGAGCUGCUGUGGCAGAACGGCCUGCAGCCCGGCUUCGAGCUGAUGGGCAGCGUCAACAACACCUUCAGUGACUUUGAGAACAAAACCCAGGUGUCUGAUUGGAAGCGACUGGUUUACCUCAUAGCUCAGAGAUACAUUGAGAAGUACGGCUUGGACAUCAUCUCCCAGUGGAACUUCGAGACAUGGAACGAGCCGAACAAUCACGACUUCGACAACGUCACCAUGACGAUCCAGGGGUUCCUGAAUUACUACGAUGCGUGUUUAGCCGGUCUGCGUGAUGCGAGUGUGUAUCUGAAGCUCGGUGGUCCGGGGGACUCAUGUCACACUCCUCCUCACUCUCCGUACUGCUGGGCCUUACUGCAGCACUGCCACGACACACACAGCCUCCACUACAUCGCCCUGCACAAGAAGGGUGGAGGUGGUACAUUCCCAAUCCUGCAGCAGUUGAUUGACACGGUGCAGGAGAUCCAGCAGCGGUUCCCUCUGUUUCGUUCACUUCCUGUUUAUAACGACGAGGCCGAUCCACUUGUCGGCUGGAACAAACCGCUUGUGUGGCGCGCUGAUGUCACCUACGCUGCCAUGGUGAUCAAGGUGAUCUCUCAGCACCAGGACCUGCUCAUCGCUGACGUGAACAACACCAUCAACUUCACGCUGCUGAGCAACGACAACGCGUUCCUGAGUUACUAUCCGCACCAGUUCACCCAGCGCACGCUAACCGCCCGCUUCCAAAUCAACAACACGCACACGCCUCAUGUCCAGCUCAUACGCAAACCCGUCCUCACCGCCAUGGGCCUGCUCGCGCUGCUAGGUGAGCAGCAGGUGAAGGUUACCAUGGUGACACGAGAGCCGCAGGAAGAGAGUUCAGUGGGCGUGCUGGCGAGCGUCCACACACCCCGACUCUCUCACGCUCGCACGCGCACUGCUGACAGCUGGCAGAGCAGCGUCCUCCUGUACAACUGCCGAGACAACAGCACCUCCAACGACUCGGACACCGUCACACUGAACAUCACCGGAGCCCCCACACACACCGAUGUGAUGUAUGUGAUGCGCUACAUGGACAACGCUGUCAGUAACCCGUAUGAAGUGUGGAGGCAGAUGGGCGGCCCAGAUUACCCCACCCUGCAACAGCUCACACAGCUCAGGGCUCAAGAGGACGCUCAGACGGCCGGCCCCAUCCCACUUCCUGCUCAGGGAGUUCUGUCUCUGAGUGUGAAGCUUCCUGUUCCCUCUAUACUGCUCAUCCACUUGUGUGCUCGGCCCACGCACACACCUGGACAAGUGAACGGUUUGCGUUUCGUCUCCAUCACUAAAGGCCAGGUCCUGAUCGUGUGGAAAGACCGUGACAUCAGCACCAAGUGUGUGAAGACGUACGAGGUGGAGUUCUCUCAGGAUGGAGUUGCGUUUCAGAGGAUCAAUUUCAGAGACACCGUGUUCACCUCUCACACCUUCUCACCAGAGAGCCGGGAUGUGUGCGGAUCGUACAGAGUGAGAGCCGUGGACUUCUGGGGACGAGCGGGACGAUAUUCCCCUACGGAGAGAUACACAGGGUUCUGCUGACACGGGGACACAGACUCCAUCACAACACUCAGUUUUUCAGUUUAGAUUUUGUUCACAAUGUGUUUUAGAUAUAAAUGAGUUUUAUAAUCGUGUUAAAUGCUCAGUCAUUGAGAUUACUUUCCAGAACAUUCCUUGUAUUUCUGUGAGCCGUCAGGUGGUUCCGCUGGUGGAUAUUUACGGGGCCGCUGUGGAGUAAGCAGGGUGAGGUUUUGUUUUCAGUUGGGUUUCUUUGUUUGUUUUGUAAACAAUAUUACAGGAAAACAGCUGGAUCAAUCUUCAUGAAACUUCCAGGAUCGAUGGUCAUUGGUCUCCGAUAGAAUCUCAAACAGUUUGAGCAGGCCUAUUCAAAUAGCGGCCCGGGGCCGAAAUUGGCCCGAUUGAAAUUUAAUCCGGCCCGCGGCAGAUUUUUUAAAACAAAACAAAAAAACAUAUCUACGUAUCUGCCGCGGUGCACAGUUUUCUCUACCGCUCUGGCACAGACCAGAGUACAGGUCGUCUCCAUGGUGACACAAACUCAUUCUCGCGAUGUGACACUCCAUGCAGCUCCAGCAGUGGCAACAUGGCGCUGUCCAAGCAACAUCGCAAAGUUGACAGAGAAAACCGUAAAUUUCAAAGCGAAUGGACUGAAAAGUACUUAUUUACUUUGCAAACUACGGCAAGCGAUAGACCUGUGUGUUUAUUGUGCAAUGAAUCCGUAGCCAAAGAGUACAACGUGAAGAGACAUUUUACAACAAACACGCUUCAUUUUCUGAGCAAUACCGAGAGGGCUCUGAGGAGAGACGAAGGAGAAUAGACAGACUGGUAGCUUCUUUUGAACAAAGCCAGCGUGCAAUUGGUGGCUUUUGCACAGAACAAGAGAGCUUUUAUUGCAUCUGUCUGAGUGGCGUGGAUACUGACAAGAAAAAAGAGACCCUUCACCGAGUCGGAGACUAUUAAAGACGGCAUGCUGGCGGUUGUUGACGAAAUGAUUGUUGACCAAAAAAUGAAAGACAACGUGUCCUCAUCUAUUAAAAAAGUACCAUUUUUCAUUAUAUUUCAUAAUAAAGGAAAAGAAUAAUGUACCCUA